GGCGUCCCGUGCACGGCUUUUAAAACCCCACAUCACCACGCCGCCGGAUCCCCCAAACCCCCAAGUUCACCGCCAGCGACCGAUCCCCCACCGCAAGUGAGAGCAAGGAGGGAGCAAUGGCCGGCGGCGGGCAGGCGGCGGUGUCGUUCCUGACGCAGAUUGCGAAGGUGGCUGCGGGGAUUGGCGUGGCGGCGUCCGCGGCCUCCACGUCCCUCUUCACGGUGGACGGCGGGGAGCGCGCCGUCAUCUUCGACCGCCUGCGCGGCGUGCUCCCGGGGACGGAGUCGGAGGGCACCCACUUCCUCAUCCCCUUCCUCCAGAAGCCCUUCAUCUUCGACAUCCGCACCCGCCCCCACAGCUUCUCCUCCACCUCCGGCACCAAGGACCUUCAGAUGGUCAGCCUCACGCUCCGCGUCCUCUCGCGCCCCGACGUCGACCGCCUCCCGGAGAUCUUCAACUCCCUCGGCCUCGAGUACGACGAGAAGGUCCUCCCCUCCAUCGGCAACGAGGUGCUCAAGGCCGUCGUCGCGCAGUUCAACGCCGACCAGCUCCUCACCGAGCGCCCCCACGUCUCGGCGCUCGUCCGCGAGUCGCUCACCCAGCGCGCCCGCGAGUUCAACAUCGUCCUCGACGACGUCGCCAUCACCCACCUCGCCUACGGGCCGGAGUUCGCGCAGGCCGUCGAGAAGAAGCAGGUCGCGCAGCAGGAGGCCGAGCGCUCCAGGUUCCUCGUCGCGCGCGCUGAGCAGGAGAGGCGCGCCGCUAUCGUCCGCGCCGAGGGGGAGAGCGAGGCCGCGCGCCUCAUCUCCGAGGCCACGACAACCGCGGGCAACGGCCUGAUCGAGCUCAGGAGGAUCGAGGCGGCCAAGGAGAUCGCCGGCGUGCUGGCGCGCUCGCCCAACGUCUCCUACAUCCCCGCCGGCGACAACGGCCAGAUGCUGCUCGGCCUCAAUGCCGCCCGGUGAAUGGAUCGUCUCCUGCCCUUCAAUUAGUUAGCGAUCUAUCGAAAUACUUUAGUAAUUCAGAUGCAUCGACUUAGUUUUGGUUCUGUGGUACGACCGGAGACUAGGUCAAGAUGGUACUGUGGACUACGAAUAAAGUUCUGCAGAUGUAGAAUUUAUCGAACAAUUGUUGCAUUUUUUAAUCCAAAAUUAUGUUCCACUUGUCA